UGUUUGAUCAAUCGGGUUAUGGUUUAUCGAUUGGUGGAGCUGUGGAGGAAGGCUGGUAACAUUAACGAGGCUUGGGAGCCAGUAUAUGGUCUGUUGAAGUGCUGAAUUAUUGUGCCAGUAUACGGUCUGCUGGGAUAUUGAAGGAUGGGUGAUUCUGAGAGGAAUAAUCCUGUGAUGACUGAGGUGAUGUCCUCUUCGUCUAAUCGAAUUACUGAUAAGAAGCUUGUGGGUAGUUAUAACUUCCAUCAAUGGAAGAAAAUUGUGAAGCUUACUUUGACAGGCAGGAAUCAGAUUAGACACAUAACUGAGCCGAAACCCGAAGAUGAUGCAAAUUGGAAUAUUGUUGAUGCAUGCAUCCUUGGUCAGAUGUUAAACGCUAUGGAAAAUAAUAUAGUUGAUCUAGUAACUCAUAUUGACACGGUCAAAGAAAUGUGGGAGUAUUUGAAUGUAUUAUAUUCUGGCCAAAAUAACCUGUCACGAGUUUAUGAGUUAUCGCAGGAGUUUUACUGAUUUGAAAGGAAGGGACGUCCUACGACGCAAUACUUUGUUGAGUUUAAGAGAAUGUAUGAGGAGUUGAAUGCUAUUCUUCCCAUUUCAGCCAAUAUUCAACAAAUGCAACUUCAAAGAGAACAAUUGGCUGUAAUGGUGUAUCUAGCAGGCAUUGGUCCUGAAUAUGAAACUGUUAGGUCUCAGAUUCUUGGAGGAGAGGCUGUCGCAUCACUCACGGAUACGUUUGCUCGGGUACUUCGGGUAUCUCAUGAGUCUCCUCAGGAUAUUACACCUAUGGCAGAUAGUUCAGCUCUUGUGUUCCAAUCUCGAUCGGGUAGCGGUAGCAGGAGUGAUGGAGGAAAUCGUGGAGGAUAUAGUGGACGUGGUGGCCGAGGAGGCCGAGGUGAAGGACCAGGGAGAGGCCAAGGCCAACAGCAUGUGUCUACUAACAACUUAGGGGCCAUACGGACGUGUCAUUACUGUGGGAAAGCUGGCCAUAUUCAAAAAUUUUGUUACAAGUUACAUGGAAGAUCAGUGCAGCAACAACAGUUUGCACAUACUGCUUCUGGUACUGAUUCUUCUCCACAAUCUUCUGAAGGCAAGGUAGUUGUUAUGUCUGAUUAG